AGCCCUCCGCCAUGCCGUCCUACACGGUCACCGUGGCCACCGGCAGCCAGUGGUUCGCUGGCACCGACGACUACAUCUACCUCAGCCUCGUGGGCUCCGCCGGCUGCAGCGAGAAGCACCUGCUGGACAAGCCCUUCUACAACGACUUUGAGCGCGGCGCGGUUGAUUCUUAUGAUGUGACCGUAGAUGAAGAACUGGGCGACAUCCAACUGGUCAAAAUCGAGAAGCGUAAGUAUUGGCUCCAUGAUGACUGGUACCUAAAGUAUAUCACGCUGAAGACGCCCUGUGGAGAUUACAUCGAGUUCCCUUGCUACCGCUGGAUCACUGGUGAGGGCGAGAUUGUCCUGAGAGAUGGACGUGCAAAGUUGGCCUGCGAUGACCAAAUUCACAUCCUCAAGCAGCACAGACGUAAAGAGCUGGAAACACGGCAAAAACAGUAUCGGUGGAUGGAGUGGAACCCUGGCUUCCCUUUGAGUAUUGAUGCCAAAUGUCACAAGGAUUUACCCCGAGACAUCCAGUUUGAUAGCGAGAAGGGUGUGGACUUCGUUCUGAACUACUCUAAAGCGAUGGAGAACCUGUUCAUCAACCGCUUCAUGCACAUGUUCCAGUCUUCUUGGAGUGACUUCGCUGAUUUUGAGAAGAUCUUCGUCAAGAUCAGCAACACUAUUUCUGAGCGUGUCAUGAACCACUGGCAGGAAGACCUCAUGUUUGGCUACCAGUUCCUGAAUGGCUGCAACCCAGUGUUGAUCCAGCGCUGCAAGAAGCUACCCGAGAAGCUCCCUGUGACCACAGAGAUGGUGGAGUGCAGUCUGGAGCGGCAGCUCACCUUGGAGCAAGAGGUCGAGCAAGGAAACAUCUUCAUCGUGGACUUUGACCUGCUGGAUGGUAUCGAUGCCAACAAAACAGACCCCUGUACUCUGCAGUUCCUGGCAGCGCCCAUCUGCUUGCUGUACAAGAAUCUGGCCAACAAGAUUGUCCCCAUUGCCAUCCAGCUCAACCAAGUCCCAGGAGAUGAAAACCCAAUUUUUCUCCCUUCGGAUGCAAAAUAUGACUGGCUUCUGGCCAAAAUCUGGGUGCGCUCCAGUGACUUCCACAUCCACCAGACCAUCACUCACCUUCUGCGCACACAUCUGGUGUCUGAAGUCUUUGGCAUCGCCAUGUACCGCCACCUGCCCGCAGUGCACCCCAUUUUCAAGCUUCUGGUGGCACACGUGCGGUUCACCAUUGCCAUCAACACCAAGGCCCGUGAACAGCUCAUCUGCGAGUAUGGACUCUUUGACAAGGCCAACGCCACAGGGGGCGGUGGACACGUGCAGAUGGUGCAGAGGGCCAUGCAGGACCUGACCUACAUCUCCCUGUGCUUCCCCGAGGCCAUCAAAGCUCGGGGAAUGGACAGCACAGAGGACAUUCCCUACUACUUCUACCGGGAUGACGGGCUCCUGGUGUGGGAGGCCAUCAAGACGUUCACGGCCGAGGUGGUAGGCAUCUACUACAAGAGUGACCAGAUGGUGGUAGAGGACCAGGAGCUGCAGGACUUUGUGAAGGAUGUUUAUGUGUACGGCAUGCGGGGCAAGAAGACCUCAGGUUUCCCCAAGUCCAUCAAGACCAGAGAGAAGCUGUCGGAGUACCUAACAGUAGUGAUCUUCACGGCCUCAGCCCAGCAUGCAGCGGUGAACUUCGGCCAGUAUGACUGGUGCUCCUGGAUCCCCAAUGCCCCCCCAACCAUGCGGGCCCCACCACCGACGGCCAAGGGUGUCGUCACCAUCGAGCAGAUUGUGGACACGCUGCCAGACCGUGGCCGCUCCUGCUGGCAUCUGGGCGCAGUAUGGGCACUGAGCCAGUUUCAAGAAAAUGAGCUGUUCCUGGGCAUGUAUCCAGAAGAGCAUUUCAUCGAGAAGCCUGUAAAAGAGGCCAUUGCCCGGUUCCGCAAGAACCUUGACACCAUCGUCAGCAUGAUUGCUGAGCGCAACAAGAACAAGAAGCUGCCAUAUUAUUACUUGUCCCCAGACCGGAUUCCCAAUAGUGUAGCCAUCUAAGAAGCCACCGGAGUCAGUCUCACUUGGAUAUGGCCAGAUGCUUGAGGCUAAGCUCAGGUCCCAGACUCCAGCCUGCCCAGGUGGGCAGGCACCCAGGUGGCCCUGGGGCAGACCUUGCAGCUUGCUUUUCUGUGGCUGCCACGAUUCCUCAGGCCCAGGCUUACUGGCUUCAAACCAAAGGAUGUCCAAGUUGGGCCAUGUUAUGCCUAAGCUUCAGUGCAUUCUAAAAGUUUUUCCCUCAAUCUUUAGUGAAUCCCAUACUCUGAUCAGAGUGGGUACACUGCACAAAUCUGUCUGACGCAGAGUAGGACUGUGUGGCCUCCUGCCCUGCACCCAGCUCAGUGCUUCCACACCAGACAGCAACAAGAAGACAACUGAUAGACAUCUGUUCUCAUUGGGAGGCAUGAUUAUUUCUGUUCUAUUUAUGCUUAGUCCAAUUUCUUGCAUAUACUAGAUGCCCAAAUACAUCCUUGUUGAAUAAAUUAGGAAUUGUCAUAAAAAUAAAGAAGUGCAUUCA